UCUUGACUACCUUCCUCGAAUAAUCUAUUUGUUCAGGAGAACUAAUAACAAGGAGGAUGUACCAUUAAAGAAGAAAAUUGCUUAUAUGGUAGAUGUAUUUUUCUCCGUAUAUCCUUAUGCAAAGCUACUUGCACUUCUCUUUGCAACUCUAUUUCUUAUAGGAUUUGGUGGUUUAGCAUUGUAUGCGGUGACUGGUGGUAGCCUUGCUGAAGCUCUUUGGCAUUCUUGGACUUACGUAGCUGACUCAGGAAAUCAUGCCGAAACAGAAGGAACCGGGCAGAGGAUUGUCUCUGUCUCUAUUAGUUCAGGAGGCAUGCUGAUAUUUGCUAUGAUGUUAGGUCUGGUUUCAGAUGCUAUAUCAGAGAAGGUGGAUUCACUCAGAAAAGGGAAGAGCGAAGUUAUAGAAAUGAACCACGUACUCAUUCUUGGGUGGAGUGACAAAUUGGGUUCUCUUUUGAAGCAGCUGGCAAUUGCAAAUAAGAGUGUGGGUGGUGGCGUUAUAGUGGUGCUUGCAGAAAAGGAAAAGGAGGAAAUGGAACUUGACAUAGCAAAGCUGGAAUUUGACUUUAUGGGAACAUCAGUUAUAUGUAGAAGUGGCAGUCCUCUUAUACUAGCUGACUUAAAGAAGGUUUCAGUUUCAAAGGCACGUGCUAUCAUUGUGUUGGCUUCCGAUGAAAAUGCUGAUCAGAGUGAUGCUCGUGCUUUGAGAGUUGUUCUUAGCCUCACAGGAGUAAAGGAGGGUUUAAAGGGCCCUGUUGUGGUGGAGAUGAGUGACCUUGAUAAUGAACCCCUCGUCAAACUUGUGGGCGGAGAACUUAGAACAGUAGUUGCACAUGAUGUAAUUGGACGUCUGAUGAUUCAGUGUGCUUUGCAGCCUGGCCUUGCACAGAUAUGGGAAGAUAUACUGGGGUUCGAGAAUGCUGAGUUUUACAUCAAAAGGUGGCCUGAACUGGAUGGUCUAUGUUUUAAAGAUGUACUGAUUUCAUUUGCUGAUGCAAUACCCUGUGGAAUUAAGGUGGCUGCAGAAGGGGGAAUUAUUAUAAAUCCGGAUGAUAGUUAUGUCAUGAGAGAAGGGGAUGAAGUUCUUGUUAUAGCUGAGGAUGAUGACACUUAUUCUCCAGGACCUCUUCCAGAGGUACGCAAAGGUCAUUUUCUAAAGAUACCUGAUCCACCAAAAUAUCCAGAGAAGAUAUUAUUUUGUGGCUGGCGGCGUGAUAUUGAUGAUAUGAUUAUGGUUCUUGAGGCGUUAUUGGCUCCUGGGUCAGAACUGUGGAUGUUUAAUGAGGUUCCUGAAAAGGAAAGAGAGAAGAAGCUUAUUGAUGGUGGACUUGAUGUUUCUCGCCUACUGAAUAUAAAACUUGUUCAUCGGGAGGGAAAUGCUGUGAUUAGACGGCACUUGGAGUCUCUUCCUUUGGAGACUUUUGAUUCAAUCCUUAUUCUUGCAGAUGAAUCAGUAGAGGACUCCGUUGCUCAUUCUGAUUCCAGAUCGCUAGCCACCCUUCUCCUCAUUCGUGACAUACAGUCAAGACGUCUACCUUACAAAGAUUCGAAAUCAAGUACUUCUUUGAGGUUGUCUGGGUUUUCUCACAGCUCUUGGAUCCGCGAAAUGCAGCAAGCUUCAGAUAAAUCAAUUAUAAUUAGUGAAAUUUUGGAUUCUAGGACUAGAAAUUUGGUGUCUGUUUCCAGAAUCAGCGAUUAUGUGUUAUCAAAUGAGCUGGUUAGCAUGGCGCUAGCUAUGGUGGCUGAAGACAGGCAAAUCAAUCGUGUUCUUGAAGAAUUAUUUGCCGAGGAGGGCAACGAGAUGUGCAUUAAGCCGGCGGAGUUCUAUUUGUUUGACCAAGAAGAACUCUGUUUUUAUGAUAUAAUGUACAGAGGUCGUGAAAGGGGAGAGGUAGUUAUUGGCUACCGCCUCGCUAACCAAGACUUCGCCGUCAUCAACCCUCCAGAAAAGUCAGAACCUAAAAAAUGGUCCCUUGAUGAUGUUUUUGUAGUCAUUGCCUCAGGCGAUUGAUGGGGGGUUAGUACGAUCCUUCUAGUUCCUUAAUUUGUUAUGACUGGAUGCUUGCAGUAACCUUAACUUUCUUGACACCAGAAAGUAGCAACCUUCUCUUUGCUUGCCAACUGCGACAAACAAUUAACUGGUAAUGUAAAAUCUGACAAUAUGGUGAUGCUGAUUCAAGAAAAAGGAUAUCAGCUCGUGGUUUUUUCUUUGUAGCGAAAUUCUUUUGCAGCACGACUGCAAUUUUGAA